AUGGCUUCCAUACAAACCGCGACUCUACUUUCUUCUUCUUUUUCUUGCUUGUCUUCAAGGAAAGUAAAUGCCGCAAUCCAUGUCCCAAAGCUUCCAAGAGUCAAUGUCUCAUUGCCAAAGAUACCUACCAUCACUACAAGAAAGUUUGUUGAGGGGUUAACAUUCACAGACUCGGUCCCAUUACUUGAUCAAAAGAAUGUCAUCCCUAGCACACAGUUAAACGAUGAUUUAUCCAAUUCUACACCCUCUAUGUGCACCAUGCAACUCUACGCAAUCUUAGAUGCCGUAGCUGACAGAAUUGAAAUGCACAAAAACAUUGGUGAGCAGCGUGACAAUUGGAACACCCUCCUCUUGAACAACAUCAACAUGAUUACACUCACUGCUGCAACAAUGGCUGGUGUUGCAGCCGCAAGUGGUGCAGGUGCACCCCUUUUGGCUCUGAAACUAUCGUCCACUCUUUUGUUUUCUGCCGCCACUGGAAUGUUGCUCGUCAUGAACAAGAUUCAGCCCUCACAGCUCGCUGAGGAACAGCGCAAUGCCACAAGGUUGUUUAAACAGCUUCAGACCCAAAUCCAAACCACACUUUCUCUUGGAAAUGCUACAGAGGAAGAUGUGAAGGGUUCAAUGGAGAAGGUUCUGGCGCUUGACAAAGCUUAUCCACUUCCAUUGUUGGGAGCCAUGCUUGACAAAUUUCCUGCAAAAUUUGAACCUGCUGCUUGGUGGCCUUCAACUCAGUUCCAAAGGAAAAAUAAAAGCCACGAACGAAAAGUGAAAAGCAGGAGAAAUGGAUGGAGUGAAGAACUAGAAAUGGAAUUGAGGGAAGUUGUUGAAGUGGUAAAGAACAAAGACAUUGAGGACUAUGAGAGGCUAGGAAACAUAGCGUUGAAAAUCAACAAGGGUUUGGCCAUAGCAGGCCCUUUACUCACUGGCAUUGCAGCAGUGGGAUCUGCAUUUGUGGGCAAUGGAUCAAUGGCAGGUAUAGUGGCAGUGAUGGCUGGGUCAUUAGCUGCAGCCAUUAAUGCUUUUGAGCAUGGAGGGCAAGUCGGUAUGGUGUUUGAAAUGUACAGAUAUUGUGGCGGAUUCUUUCAUCUGUUGGAAGAGACAAUUGAAGGUGCAGUGGAAGAGAAAGACUUUGAGAAAAGAGAAAAUGGGGAGCUCUUUGAAAUGAAGAUGGCUUUGCAAUUGGGAAGAAGUGUGUCACAGCUGAGAGAACUCGCCGCAAAAUCAGCUUCCUGUCGAACGGAGGGAAUAGCUGUGGAUGAAUUUGCCAGCAAAUUGUUCUAA